ACGGAGACCCGGCUGUUCUCUCUCUGUGGAAGACCGCGUCCGAGCGACAUCCCGUCUCCGCUCUUACCUUACUCGCUCAUCCCAGCUGCCAUGGAGGAAUCGAGUAGUUGACGUUUCCUUUUGCAACCCUCUUCUUUUUCUUUUAAGCUUUCUUCCCCGUUGAUCACUGAGCUCCUGAAGCGGUCCGUUGAACUCUAGGCGACCUAUCUUUUUUUUUCCACGAUCUUUUGAACCACCCCAUUCGAAAACAUGAAGUAUAUCAUCGGCAUCGGCGGCGUAACCAAUGGAGGGAAAACCACCCUCACCAACAGACUGAUCAAGAACCUGCCCAACUGCUGUGUGGUACAUCAGGAUGACUUCUUCAAGCCCCAAGAUCAGAUUGAAGUUGGUGAAGAUGGCUUUAAGCAGUACGAUGUCAUUACUGCUCUGGACAUGGACGCCAUGAUGAGCACGAUCUACGCAUGGUUGGAGAACCCGGUGAAGUUUGAGAAGUCGCAUGGCGUUAAUAACACCCUGGACACUGAGAUUGUCCCAAAGUCUGACCGUAAGGAAGAUGAGGAGACUCACAUCCUUAUUGUGGAGGGCUUUCUGCUUUACACCUAUGGACCUUUGAUCGACGUGCUGAACCAACGUUUCUUUAUUUCCAUCCCUUAUGAAGAAUGCAAAAAGAGGAGGUGCUGUAGGAACUACACGGUGCCAGACCCCCCCGGCCUGUUCGAUGGCCAUGUCUGGCCCAUGUAUUUGAAACACAAGAACAUCAUGGAGUCAACAGCUGUUGAUGUCGUGCAGCUAGAUGGAACCAAGUCAAAGGAGCAACUGUUCAACUUUGUCUAUGGCGACAUCCUGAAUAACAUCCAGAAAUCUCUUUAACAAACAAAGGUCACACGAUCGGCUAACAGGAGCAGAUACUCAAACUGCAAGCAGAAGACCACCUUGCCUUAAGUUUCUACCUGGCAGCUCAUUUAGUUGACUGCUAUGAUUUUUUUUUUUUUUUUUUUUUAAUGUUUAACUGACAGCAUCAAAUGCUGGCAUGAUUUUAUAUCUACCCUAUUUAUUGCUUUUGUUACAGCCUACACUCCAAAGAGUUGAUGGAUAUGUUCAGAGGAUGGAUGCACUUGGUCACACAUGAAUAAAUGAUCCUCCUGCCAA